AUGUUUCAGGCCCUCAAAUCAUUAGUCACAGGAUCCCCCGAGAAGACUACUACUACGACUACUACUACUGCAAGAACUACAACUGCAACUGCAACUACAACUACAGCUACUCAAGAAGACGCUGACGACGACGACGACGACGAAAUGGCCAAGAAAAUCACUCCCAAAAAGGCUCCAGCCACCAAGAAAAAUGACGACGGUGAUUCCAAGAAACGAAAGUCCACCACCACCACCACCACCACCAAGGCUAUGGCAGAUAGCCGUCCCAAACGAGUCCGUCGCAGCGCGGUGGAAGCAGAAAACAGCAUUUACGAACCGACUGACUUUACCAUGAAAGAACCAGCAUCCGAAGGCAUCAAAAUCAUUAAGGGACGUGGUUCCAAGUUGUCUUCCUUUGCCGUGGUCAAGCAAUCGAUUGAAGCCUCCAAGCGAACUCUAGAAGAGAUUUCCUUUGCGCAUCAGUUUGUCUUUGGAAAGAAGGGAGGCAAGCUCUCCAAGAAGGAAAUGAAAGAGCAUUUGUUGGAGUUUAGUGGUUUCCUGAAACCAAUUCCAGCUGGAAAGAAGCGUACGGACAAGGAAGUCGACAAGGAAGAAGAAGCAUUGGAGACCAAAAUGUCGAGACGGGCCUACGCCUUGAAUAAAUCUCAAAUUGUGGAACUUUGCCACUUCUUUGCGCUUACUUUGGAGACCACAAAGGACGAGCCCAAGAUGGACAAGGACACUUGCAUUGAUCGUUUGCUCGACUUUUUGGGCAAUCCUCACCAAGAUUGGUUGGUCGAUUCCCUCAAGGAAACGUCUACGGCUGCCACUAAAAAGACAACCACUACUACUGCUGCUGCUGCUGCUGCUUCUAAACCCUCUACUGCAGCAACAAAGAAAAAGGUUCCAGCGGCUCCCAGCAAUACCACUCUGUCCGAUUAUCAAAAAAUUAAAAAGGCCAUUGGCAAGAAAAAGGUCCCUUCGGAAGAAGUAUUGAGAUCUUGGGUCAGAGCCUAUGUGGCUUGUUUUAACUUGGACAAGGCCACUACCAAGCAUGCUAUCAUUACUUGCAGUGAAAAAUUCGGGGUGGACAUGUCCAAGCAAAAACAACUCAUCAAACAGAUACUGGCCGAAGAGCUAUAA